AACCUGCAGGACAGGCCCAGGCUUGAUGUUUCCUCCAGCUGAACCAACAGCACUUUGCAAAACAGCACCACCUGGUGGAGAAGCUCCUCUGGUACAGAGACUGAUGUGACUGGCUCAGUGAUCUCUGUACAGCACCACGGUAUAUAUCAGAGCUAUACAAAUGUAUAAUAAUAAUAGUGUGUGACUGCGGGUGGACAUUAGAGUGUAAGCUCCUCUGGUACAGGUAAUGAUGAUAAAUGGCCUCCAUCACACUGUCUUAUUUGUCUCUCUAAAGGGUUUUAUGAGGACAUUCUCGCAGUCCGUUUGGUGGGUAUGGAUCGGUCUGAAGGAGGAGGUCUCUGGCUCGAAAUGGGUGGACGGGACUUCUUAUGACAAAACUUCCAAGUUCUGGCAAAACGGUGAGGUGGAUUAUUGGUACGGCACAUGGAUGUUUGAUACACAUGGAACCUGGGAGGAGUGCGGGCAGCUGCGGGAUGGAAAUGAACUUAGAAAAGUCCAUUGUUCCACCGACUUCCCAUACAUCUGUGAGAAGAAGAUGUCCUGACCUGCACUGAUGAACCCUAGAGAACACCUGAUAUCUCCACCCACUCAUCACUCCGCCUCCUGCACCACAGCGUCCUGACCUGUACUGAUGAACUCCAGAGAACACCUGAUAUCUCCACCCACUCAUCACUCCGCCUCCUGCACCACAGCGUCCUGACCUGUACUGAUGAACUCUAGAGAACACCUGAUAUCUCCACCCACUCAUCACUCCGCCUCCUGCACCACAGUGUCCCGACCUGCACUGAUGAACCCUAGAGAACACCUGAUAUCUCCACCCACUCAUCACUCCGCCUCCUGCACUACAGUGUCCUGACCUGUACUGAUGAACCCUAGAGAACACCUGAUAUCUCCACCCACUCAUCACUCCGCCUCCUGCACCACAGUGUCCCGACCUGCACUGAUGAACCCUAGAGAACACCUGAUAUCUCCGCCCACUUAUCACCCCGCCUCCUGCACCACAGUGUCCUGACUUGUACUGAUGAACCCUAGAGAACACCUGAUAUCUCCACCCACUCAUCACUCCGCCUCCUGCACCACAGUGUCCUGACCUGUACUGAUGAACCCUGGAGAACACCUGAUAUCUCCACCCACUCAUCACUCCGCCUCCUGCACCACAGUGUCCUGACCUGUACUGAUGAACCCUGGAGAACACCUGAUAUCUCCACCCACUUAUCACUCCGCCUCCUGCACUACAGUGUCCUGACCUGCACUGAUGAACCCUGGAGAACACCUGAUAUCUCCACCCACUCAUCACUCCGCCUCUUUUGUUCACUAGCUUUAAGUACAUUCAAUGUGUGGGCGUUACCUAGGAUGGUCUGCAUGCAAAUAUAGACUUCCUAGGAAAGCCCACUUCUCCAAACUGGCAUAACUCCUCCCAAGAACCAACCCACUGCUGGUAUCAGGUCUGAGGACCCUUGAGAAGAGUACUGAGGCAGGAUAAUGUGACGGGUUCAUAAAGCUUUGUACAGCCCUCUGUUGUCCCCUCCCACCUUGUGAUUAAAAAUGUAUUUUAAAAAUGUUUAAACUUAUUUUUACUUUCAUUAGCAUGUUAAUGUGGGGGGAGGGACUAGUUUAAAGCUGAACUCCGGGAUAAUAAAUCCAUUGGUCAUGUGUCUUCUUCCUAAAUCUCGGUAAACGUUUUGUAUUGCUUCCAGAUCUGUGCAGUAAUCGGGGGUGGCCAGUCCAUUAGGGGUGUUCUGGCGCCACCCCUUCUCUCCAGGCC